AUUGUCAUACUUUUACUCAAAUAGACAAGGAUGUCAUUUGGGAAAUUAAAUUUCGCAAUCAGAUCGUGUAUAUCCAGGAGAUGAUCAUUGUUAUUACCACUAAUAAGCAAUUGAAUGUGUUAAUCCAUGCUAUAAAUUAGAUUAAAAAUUGAAUUUUAACUGUUUAAUUCAAUUUGAAUAAUAUUUCGAGAGAAAUUUCAUUAUUAGUUUUGCAUUUAAUCAUUUGACAAUGUUAUUUUACUUUUAAAUAGAGUAUACUCUGUAUAUAAAUAACAGAAAACCAUUAUGAAUAAAACUGGGCCACCACCACCUUAUGCGCCACCUCCUUGUGCACCACCUGGGUAUUCACAUGCAAUGGGUGGUGUGCCACCUGCUAGCCCUUUUACACCUGCUGAAACUUAUAUGAGUGGUGGACCAACUAUUGUAACAACAAUUGUUCCUCUUGGACCAGAAUCAACACGUACAAUUUGCCCACAUUGUCAUGCAGAAAUUGAUACUACAACAAAAACAGAACCUGGCAUGAUCGCUUACAUAUCUGGUGUUGUGAUUGCAUUAAUGGGAUGUUGGCUAGGCUGUUGUUUAAUACCUUGCUGCAUCGAUGAAUGCAUGGAUGUUCAUCACAGUUGCCCUAAUUGCAAAGCUUACUUGGGCCGUUACAGGAGAUAAAUCAACACGAAAUUAGUAUUAAUGUUUAUUGCAUUUCACUUUGAAUCAAUCUUGAUGUUGCAUUGUAUUUUAAUAUACAUAUAUUAUGAACAUUUGCAAAUAUGCACAGUAUAUGAAAUUUUUAAUUCUUAUGUAUUAAAAUGUAUUUGUAAUGUUAAAUGUAAAAAUGAAUGAAGUAUAACUAUACAUAUAUAAGAUAAUUAUAAAAAUAUUUUUGGCGAUAUAACGCAUUUUUUAUGUACACAUAAAAGUUGAAUACAAUAUUUGCCUUUCUUUAAUAACUAACAGUAAUUACUAUUUUUAAAAAAUAGUUAGAAAAAUUGAAUUUACACAUUUUGUAUUUGUUUCUAUGAGAUUUUGAGCAAUAAAUACUAACAAU